AUGAACAAGUCCAACUCCGACGACGAUUCAUUAUUCCCCGGGUUCGACAGCCUCGGAGAUGAGACUUACACAACGAGUGUCACUUCAAGUGCGCUGAACUACCAAGCUCCAGUCACAGCCCCACAAAGAGUGUUAGAUCUCGGGACGGGAACGGGAAUAUGGGCUAUUGACUAUGCCGAGGUACCACCAAAUUGUCGAUUCGAGGUUGAUGAUUUUGACCAAGCCUGGUCACACAACCAGCCGUUUGACUUCAUCCAUGGCCGUGAGCUAGAGGGCUUCAUCCGUGACCAUGACCGAUUGUUCAAGCAGGCAUUCGAGCAUUUGAACCCCAAUGGAUGGUUUGAGAUGGCCACUUUUGAAACAAAAACCUACUCAGACGAUGGUACACACCUUAACGCAACAAACUUCCUCUACGCCAUCCAGAACAUGCAUGAAUCUUCAAAACUCUUCGGAAAAGACAUGGCAUCAUCACCAACGUGGAAGUCUCGAAUGGAGCAAGUCGGAUUCAUCAAUGUGACCGAAGACAUCUAUGUGUUACCUCAAAGCCCAUGGCCGAAGGACCCAAAGCUCAAGGAGCUUGGUCGGUAUCAUCAACUCAAUAUGAUGGAAGCCAUAGCGCCCUACACAUAUGCGUUAUUCACACGGAUGCUCGGCUGGUCACGCGAAGAGAUCGAAGCGUUGUUAGCGGGUAUUCGGAAAGAGCUGCGAAAUACAUCCCAUCACCUAUACACAAAGGUGCGGGUCGUAUAUGGUCAAAAGCCCGGAUGA